AUGGAGAGUCUAAACUUAAAGGUCGACAUGAACCCUAACAAGAUACUCGACGUGGAGCCAAAAGACACCUACCAGAUCGCAUACAUGAUCCAUUUCUUUCUCGGUGCCGGCUAUUUAGUUCCAUGGAACGCUUUCAUCACCGCCGUCGACUACUUCCAGUACCUUUACCCCACCAAACACAUCAACAAGGUUUUCUCCGUUGGCUACAUGAGCGCCGCCGUCGCCGUGCUUCUCACCCUUCUCUGUUGGCCCAAAUCAUGCCGGAUUCAGCUGCCGUCGGUGAGAACCAGGAUGAAUGUAGGUCAGGCUUUGUUUAUUUCAGCUCUCAUGGUGGCGCCGGUGACCGACUGGAUCGAUCACGGGAAUCAAUCCGAAAUAGGAUCAAAUGUCGCGUUUGUGGUCCUUGUUUCAAUGGUAAUGGUCAGCGGCUUAGCGGACGGUCUGGUGGGCGGAAGUUUAGUCGGAGCUACCGGUGAACUCCCUGGACGCUACAUGCAAGCUGUUUUCGCCGGCAAUGCCACCGCCGGUCUUAUGGUUUCAAUAUUGAGGGUUAUUACAAAAGCUUCACUUCCCCACACUAAAAAGGGACUCCGAACAAGCACACAGAUCUACUUCGUGUUCAGUGCUCUCAUCGUACUCAUCUGCGUCAUCUGCACCAACGUGUUGGACAAACUGCCGAUGAUACGAUACUACAGGAACAAAUCCCGGAAUGAAGCCACCGGACACAUGGCAAUCGGGACACAUUUUUGGGUGGUGGUGAAGAAGAUCCGGUGGUUCGUGACGGCGGGGCUUGUGAUAUACAUAGUCUCGUUGUCGAUAUUCCCAGGUUACUUGAGUGAAAACGUUAGUUCCGAUUAUUUCAAGGAUUGGUAUCCUAUAAUUCUGAUUACAACGUUUAAUGUUGGUGAUUUUUUGGGGAAGUGUUUGACGGCGAUAUAUUUGCCACGGCGGAGUAAGGGGGCGAUAUGGUGUUGUAUGGCGAGGGUGGUGUUUUACCCAUUGUUUAUGGGGUGUAUACAUGGACCCAAAUGGAUGGGUAGUGAAGUUCCGGUGAUCGUUUUGACAUUGAUGCUCGGUGUGAGCAAUGGGUAUCUCACGAGUGUGCUUAUGAUUCUUGCGCCGAAGUCGGUUCCGGUGGAGGAGUCGGAGGUUGUUGGGAUUGCUAUGGAAACGUCUUUGGUUGUUGGGUUAGUGGUAGGAUCGGCUUUUGGUUGGUUGUGGAACCUGCUUUAAUUCAACCAUGAUUUAAAUGGUUAUGUGACUUAUGUCAUCUAUAAAUAAAUUAGCAUUUUAGUUUUUAGUUUUUUUUUUUUGUUUUUUAUCUUUUGUUUUUAUUAGAAUUAA